UAAAUAAAGGAUAAUAAAUAAUAAUUAAAAAAAAGGAUAAUAAAUAAUAAUAAUAAAGAUGCCAAAUAAAAUGUUUUUGUCCUUUUAAGUAAGUCUCACCCAAAUCCCAAUCCUAAAAUAUAUUUCUUAAAAUUAUCAAAUUUAUUAUUAAUUUUUUUUGGAUCAUCACCACCAGUUUCCCUCUCCUCCAGAGGCUUCUGGGUCGCUUUUAAAGGGCUUUUUCAAUCUGAAUAUUUGAUUUUCAGGUGAGCUUUUGAGUUUGUGGAAAUGGCUUCUGGAGCUGUACCAGCAUCAAUUUCAUAUCUGAAAAGCAGAGACUCUGGCUUGAGCUUUGCUAAAAGUUCUGAUUUUGUGAGGCUUUCUGAUUUAAAGAGGGUUGGUUCAUCUAGAACAAGAGUUUCAAUUAUCCGAAAUUCGAAUCCUGGUUCAGAUAUUGCUGAACUUCAGCCUGCAUCAAAAGGAAGCCCUCUAUUAGUUCCUAGACAGAAGUACUGUGAGUCCUUACACAAAACUGUUAGGAGGAAAACACGAACUGUGAUGGUGGGAAAUGUGGCUCUUGGCAGUGAGCAUCCCAUAAGAAUUCAAACGAUGACGACAAAUGAUACCAAGGAUGUUGCUGGAACAGUUGAAGAGGUGAUGAGAAUAGCUGAUAAGGGAGCUGAUAUUGUUCGGAUAACAGUUCAGGGAAGAAAAGAAGCAGAUGCUUGUUUCGAAAUAAAAAAUUCACUUGUGCAGAAGAAUUAUAAUAUACCUCUUGUGGCAGAUAUUCAUUUUGCUCCCCCAGUUGCAUUAAGAGUUGCUGAAUGCUUCGAUAAAAUUCGUGUCAAUCCUGGAAAUUUCGCUGACAGACGGGCUCAGUUUGAGACGCUUGAGUACACAGACGACGACUAUCAGAAAGAACUUGAGCAUAUUGAGCAGGUUUUUUCUCCAUUGGUUGAGAAAUGUAAGAAAUAUGGUAGAGCAAUGCGUAUCGGGACAAACCAUGGGAGUCUUUCAGAUCGUAUCAUGAGCUACUAUGGAGAUUCUCCAAGGGGAAUGGUUGAAUCUGCAUUUGAGUUUGCAAGGAUUUGCCGGAAGUUGGAUUUCCAUAAUUUUGUGUUUUCGAUGAAAGCAAGCAACCCAGUUGUCAUGGUUCAGGCGUAUCGUCUACUUGUUGCUGAAAUGUAUGUCCAGGGCUGGGACUAUCCACUUCACUUGGGAGUUACUGAAGCGGGAGAAGGUGAGGAUGGACGAAUGAAAUCUGCAAUUGGCAUCGGGACCCUUCUUCAGGAUGGUUUGGGUGAUACUAUCAGGGUUUCACUCACUGAACCGCCCGAGGAGGAGAUUGAUCCCUGCAGAAGGUUGGCCAAUUUGGGUACAAAAGCAGCUGAUCUUCAGCAAGGAGUGGCUCCAUUUGAAGAGAAACACAGGCAUUAUUUUGAUUUUCAACGACGAACUGGUCAACUGCCUCUACAGAAGGAGGGCGAUGAGGUUGACUAUAGAGGUGCUCUGCACCGUGAUGGUUCGGUUCUCAUGUCAGUGUCUCUCAAUAACUUAAAGAUGCCCGAGCUCCUAUACAGAUCACUAGCAGCAAAGCUUGUCGUCGGGAUGCCAUUUAAGGAUCUGGCAACAGUAGACUCCAUCUUAUUGAGACAACUUCCACCUAUUGACGAUGACAACGCUCGAUUAGCUCUCAAAAGAUUGAUAGACAUAAGUAUGGGGGUCAUAACUCCUUUGUCGGAGCAGCUAACAAAGCCAUUGCCAAAUGCUAUGGUUUUGGUAAAUCUUAAGGAGUUAUCAUCUGGUGCACACAAGCUUUUGCCAGAAGGCACGCGUUUGGUUGUAUCCUUGCGCGGUGAUGAACCUUACGAAGAACUGGAGAUUCUCAAAGGGGUUGAUGAUGUUGUUAUGAUUCUUCAUGAUCUUCCGUUCGAUGAACAUAAAAUUAGCAGAGUCCACUCAGCAAGAAGAUUAUUUGAGUAUCUAUCAGAUAAUUCUCUUAACUUUCCUGUAAUACACCACAUUCAAUUUCCAAAUGGAAUCCACAGGGAUGACUUAGUCAUCGGUGCAGGUAGCAACGCUGGUGCCCUUUUAGUAGAUGGACUCGGGGACGGUAUCCUCUUAGAAGCCCCAGAUCAGGAUUUCGAUUUUCUCAGAAAUACUUCUUUCAACCUACUUCAAGGUUGUAGAAUGCGAAAUACAAAGACGGAGUAUGUCUCGUGCCCAUCCUGCGGUAGAACUUUGUUUGACCUUCAAGAAAUUAGCGCAGAGAUUCGAGAGAAGACAUCACACCUGCCCGGUGUCUCAAUUGCAAUCAUGGGUUGCAUUGUUAAUGGACCCGGAGAGAUGGCUGAUGCAGACUUCGGUUAUGUCGGUGGUGCUCCCGGAAAGAUUGACCUUUACGUUGGAAAGACGGUAGUGCAGCGUGGAAUCGCAAUGGAACAAGCGACCGAUGCAUUGAUUCAGCUAAUAAAAGAUCAUGGCCGAUGGGUUGAACCACCCUCGGACGAAGAAUGAAGAGUGUAUAUGCAUCGUCGUCGUCGGUAGAUAGAAAAUAAAAGGGCAGCAGACAAAGAAAGAACACAGUUGUCUGUUUUUUUUUUUAAGUAUUGAAAUGAUGAAAAAUGAGAGCACACUAUGAUUUUUACCAACCCAAAAAUAAAAAUUUGAAACACAUAGUUUAAUUAGUUUGUAAGAUCUUCAAGAGCUUAAUCAAUAGAGUUUGACAUUUUUAUUUAAUCAAA